UCUCGGCCGGGUCUCCCCUAAGCGAUCUGAGCGCAUGCGCCCGGAUAAGUGGCGAGCCAUGGAGGACUGCCUGGCGGCCGCGGCGCUAACCGGACUGGACCGACGAAGUCUGCAGCGUUCGGCCAGGCUGGGCCAAGAGGUGUUGGAGCGCGCCAAGCGGAGAGCGGUGAACUGGCACUCAGUGGAGCCCCCCAAAGGCAGUGCGACGGGUCCUGCCCCGGAGAGACCGCUAGCACCCGACCCCCAGCGCCUUCCCCUAGCAGAGAGACAAGAAAGAUUCCCUACCCUCAGUGCAUCCUUCCAAACAAUGGCUGAGUUCAUGGACUAUGCUUCAAGUCAGUGUGGGAAAUAUUACUCAUCUGUGCCAGAGGACGGAGGGGCAACUCACGUGUCUCGUUACCACAGAGGGAAGUCGGAGCUGUCCUGGUGCUCAGACUCGGGCAGUGGUCAGAGACAAGAUGCUGCCUUUGGGCUUGAAGGCAAGGAUCCAGCCUCGCAGUGUGACCCAGGGGCCUCCCAUCCGGCUGAGAGCAUCUCUAAGGACCUCUACAUAGAAGUCUACCCAGGGACCUACUCUGUCACUGUCGGCGCCAGUGAUUUCACCAAGAAGACUCACGUGGUGGCAGUGGGCUCGGGGCAGAGCGUGGACUUGGUCUUUCCCAUAUGAUGCUGCUCAUCCCCUGACCCGGCGCCACCUCUUUGUAAGAAGCCAGCAGAAGGAAGCCACGGUGGGACUCUCAAUGUGACACGAAGGCUUUCACUCUGCUUUUGGUGCUGUCGGGGUGCAGCCUCUGGGAGCCGGCGUCUGUCUCUUUCAGUGCCUAUUUUAACCCCCACCCACUUUUAACUGAAUAAUAAUGUCAUAAUGCUGUCUGAACUGGUUUUAGUGCUUGCUUUCCAAGCAGAGACUAAUUAUUGAUAAUAAAGGGAGAGAUUGGAACCGAA